GGAGCGGCGGCGGGGCUGCUGUGGCGACCGACGCGCGGCGGCGGCGGCGGCGGAGACCCACCCCCGUCCACAUGGACAGUCGCCGAGGCCUGGGCUGAUGUUCUGACGCCUGGGCGGGGUGGGCGGGCGGGCGGGCGGCGGCCACUGCUGAAGCAGCGAGGGGUCGCGGGCGCCUGACGGUCGCGGAGCCCUCGCUCGCCUCGGCUCGGCUCGGCUCGGCGCUGCGGCCAUUUUACGGCCCGGGACGCAGGAGGCGUGCGAGCGUUCCCUUCCUUCUCCGUCCUCUGGGGCCAGCGGCGGGGCGGAGCGGAGCGGAGCUUCUCGGAGGCCGGCGCGGGCGGUGGAUGGGGAGUCGUGCGCCGAGGGGAGCCGGGUCCGGGAAGCGCCGCCGCCGCCGCCGCUCACGGUCCCCGCCGGUAGGCGCCUGAGGAGAAGCAGCCCAGGCCGCGGGCCUCGCCGCCUCCCGUCAGCCCGCGACAGGCCCGCUUUUGUGCGGGGGCCCGGCCGGCGGGGAGAGCCCCUCGCGCACGGUCGAGCCCGAGGCCCGCCACCCUGUGGCUGCUACCUUCCCGCCGCGCGGCCCUCAUUCCCCGCGAGCACCGCGGCGGUGCCGGCCAUGGAGUAAGAAGGAGGCGGCGUGGGAGGAGGAAGAUGGCGGCGGGCAAGAGCGGUGGCAGCGCUGGGGGUGUUUUCCUGAAAGCUUUGGCUAGAUCAGAAUCUAAGAGGGAUGGAGGCUUUAAAAAUAACUGGAGCUUUGAUCAUGAAGAAGAAAGUGAAGGAGAUGCAGAUAAAGAUGGAGCAAAUCUACUCAGUGUAGAAGAUGAGGAUUCUGAAACCUCAAAAGGAAAAAAGUUAAAUCGAAGAUCUGAAAUUGUUGCUACUAGUUCUGGUGAUUUCAUCUUGAAGACUUAUGUAAGGCGGAACAGGACUGACGGCUUUAAAACUUUGAAAGGCAACCCAAUUGGACUUAACAUGUUAAGCAACAAUAAGAAACUGAGUGAAAAUACACAGGCCACAGCAUUGUGUUCUGGAACUGUAGUUCACGGUAGACGCUUCCAUCACGCUCACGUACAGAUGCCAGGCAUCAGAACGGCAGCUCAGAGCAAUCAGGACCGAAAAGAAAGGAAAGAAUACCCACCUCAUGUCCACAAAGCUGAAAACAACACUAUAAUGUUAAGUCAUGGCCAAGGUGGAGACCAUAUAAUGAAGAAAACUGAAGAGUCGGAAUCAUAUGUAGAGCCUGAAAUUAAGAGGAAAGUACAGCAGAAACGGCAUUGUAGUACUUACCAGCUAUCGCCUCUGUCCCCUGCCUCAAAGAAGUGUUUGACCCAUUUAGAGGUUUCUGAACAGCGGGAAUGUUGCCCAAAAUGUGGAAAAGAAAAAGAAAAUCAGACCAAAUGCCAAAGUUGUGGUAUUGUUUUUCAUAAUGAUUUGCAAAGAAAUUUUCGACAAGCCGUAACUUUGAAUGAAUCUACUGGACCAUUGCUGAGAACAUCAAUUCAUCAGAACUCUGGAGGACAGAAAUCACAAAACACAGGAUUAACAGCUAAGAAGUUUUAUGGGAACAGUGUGGAAAAGAUUCCAGUUGAUAUUUUGGUCACCUGUGAUGCUAGCAGACAUAAUUACAUACAGACAAAUGGGAAAGUCAUUUUACCUGGAGGAAAAAUACCUAAACUCACAAACCCAAAAGAGCGGAGGACAAGCGUGUCAGAUUUAAACGAUCCAAUCAUUUUGUCCAGUGAUGAUGAUGAUGAUGACGACGACAGGACAAAGAGAAGAGAGAGCAUGUCCCCGCAGCCUGCCGACUCAGCAUGCUCCUCCCCAGCACCGUCUACAGGAAAAGUCGAAGCUGCACUAAAUGCUCGUCCGAGCAGAGCAGAGCAGGAACCUAGAAGCAGUCCAACAGAGUCCGAGUUAAAUACCGUUGUCAUACCAAGGAAAGCAAGAAUGAAGGACCAGCUUGGUAAUUCCAUCAGCACACCUCUGAAACGUCGUAAAGUAAACACUCAUGGAACUUUAAUUCACACUAUGUCUUUAAGCUGCCAAACCUUUGACAGUGUCAUUUUAAACUGCCGAAGUAUAAGAGUUGGAACACUCUUCCGACUGUUGGUAGAGCCUGUAAUUUUUUCUCUAGAGUCAAUCAAGAUACAUCUAGAUGGACCAGAAAGAGAUUCUGUAGAUAUUAUUUUAAAUACCUCUGAUUUAACUAAAUGUGAAUGGUGUAAUGUCCGGAAAUUACCAGUAGUAUUUCUCCAGGCAAUACCAACAGUUUAUCAGAAGCUUAGCAUGCAGCUACAGAUGAGUAAAGAAGAUAAAAUUUGGAAUGAUUGUAAAGGAAUAAACAGGAUAACGAGUUUAGAAGAACAGUACAUUAUUUUAAUUUUUCAAACAGGCCUUGAUCAUCAGGCAGAAGUGGUCUUUGAAAGUAUCAUUACUGACAUUGGUAUAAAGAAUAAUGUUUCCAACUUUUUUGCAAAAAUUCCUUUUGAAGAAGCCAAUAGCAGACUUGUUGCCUGUACAAGAAGCUAUGAAGAGAGCAUCAAAGGAAACUGUGUGCAAAAAGAGAACAAAGUGAAAACUGUGUCCUUUGAAUCUAAAAUACAACUUAGAAGCAAACAAGAGUUGCAGUUUUUUGAUGAUGAAGAGGAAGCUGGAGAGAGCCACACAAUCUUCAUUGGCCCUGUGGAAAAAUUGAUAGUCUAUCCACCACCUCCAGCUAAGGGAGGCAUUUCUGUUACUAAUGAGGACCUGCACUGUCUAAGUGAAGGAGAAUUUUUAAAUGAUGUCAUUAUCGACUUUUAUUUGAAAUACUUGGUGCUUGAAAAACUGAAGAAAGAAGAAGCUGACCGAAUUCAUAUAUUCAGUUCUUUUUUCUAUAAACGCCUUAAUCAGAGAGAGAGGAGAAAUUCUGAGACAACUAAUCUUUCGAUACAACAAAAACGGCAUGGGAGAGUAAAAACGUGGACCCGACAUGUAGAUAUUUUUGAGAAGGAUUUUAUUUUUGUACCCCUUAAUGAAGCUGCACAUUGGUUUUUGGCUGUUGUUUGUUUCCCUGGUUUGGAAAAACCAAAAUAUGAACCUAAUCCUCAUUAUCAUGAAAAUGCAGUCAUGCAAAAAACUUCAAGUGCAGAGGACAGUUAUGUUUCUUCUGCCAGUGAGAUGGAUGCUUGUUCACAGAACUCUGCUGCCAAGCCUGUGAUCAAGAAGAUGCUAAAUAGAAAGCAUUGCUUAGCUGUGACUGAUUCGAGUGCUGCACAGGAAGAAAGUGAGCUUUGCUACCGGAGAAACGCAUACGGUGUGAAGUGUAGCAUGAAAAAAAAAAAUCAUGCCGUCAAUGAAGAUGAAGCAGCAAGUAACGGAGAGUCUGCAUGCCAGGACAUUUCUGAUAGAACUGAAAGUGAGAAUGGCCUCCAGGAUGAAUGCUUCAGUUCUGCACAUCAUCCAGAUGCCUUAAGCAAAAUCAGACUGAACUAUGGUGAUCAGUCAGCAGACAGUGGGAAGCUACUUGAAGAUGAGCUCAUUGACUUCUCAGAAGAUCAGGAUGACCCGGAUGAUAGCAGCGAUGAUGGGCUCCUUGCUGAUGAAAACUACAGUUCAGAAAUAGGACAGUGGCAUUUAAAGCCUACUGUCUGUAAACAACCUUGUAUCCUACUUAUGGACUCACUCAGAGGCCCUUCUCGGUCAAAUGUUGUCAAAAUUCUAAGAGAGUAUUUAGAAGUGGAAUGGGAGGUUAAAAAAGGAAGCAAAAGAAGUUUUUCUAAAGAUGUUAUGAAAGGGUCCAACCCAAAAGUCCCACAGCAGAACAACUUCAGUGACUGUGGUGUGUAUGUGCUGCAGUAUGUGGAGAGCUUUUUUGAGAAUCCAAUACUAAAUUUUGAGCUCCCUAUGAAUUUGGUGAACUGGUUUCCUCCCCCCAGAAUGAAAACAAAACGAGAAGAAAUCCGGAACAUCAUUUUGAAGCUGCAGGAAGUGCAGAGUAAAGAGAAGCAGCUGAAGGACACUGCCUCAACAGAGCUGUCCUCAGGGGAAGGGGCGGAGCAGCGCGCCAGCAGCUUCGCAGCACAGUGAUGACGAGGCUGGGCUUGGAAGGGCCUCCCUUCCAGGGGACACAGCAUUACUUGCGGGUGUAGACAGUAAAGAGCUAAAGUGCUCACUACUCAGAGACUUGGGGUGAUAAAGCCUGUAAAAAUGUCAUAAGUGAUUUCCAAAGGAGUGUGUAUUAAGUAAAAGUCUGUAAAUAUGUUAAUGAGGCCAACUUUUCCAACAUUUAUAAUUAUUUUUUUCACUUUUAGGAAGCCUUUGUUAUGUAUUUUCUGUUAAUAGUACUAAAACUGCAA